CAGGUGCCAUGUGGGAGAUUCAAUUGGAUGAGUAUCGUUUGGAUUUUUUCGACUGCCGUUCACAACCUUGGUAUUUACAAGCAUCAGCUUAUCCUAAAGAAAUGAUUAUACUAAUUGAUAAAAGUGGUAGUAUGAAAGGUCGAAGUGAUAUUUUAUCAAACGCUACAGCUGUUGAAAUAUUGAACACUUUAACAGACAAUGAUUAUUUCAAUGUGAUGCUAUUUUCUGAUAUCACCAUAUAUGCUGAUCCAAUGAUUACGGAUAGAUUAAUUCAAGCAACAAAAUUCAAUAAAGAUAAAAUGAUCAAGAAUUUUCGAAAAUUUAGUCCAAAUGGAACAGCUUCAUAUGAAAAUGCAAUCACAGAAGUGUUUACAUUGUUCAAUAAGACAGAUGAAAAAUCCCCAACAAACCUUAAAUGUAAUCGAAUGAUCAUGAUCAUCACAGACAACGCUCCUGGAUCCUAUGAAUAUCUAUUCAAAGAGUUUAAUCCACAGAAAAAUGUGCGUGUAUUCACUUAUCUACUUGGUCAACACUCAUCAGCUGAGGAGUAUGUCGAAGAGCUUGCAUGUCUGAAUAGAGUUGGUAGGUUGGUGAGUGAUGGUGUUACCAGUGAGGUAGUUUAAGGACGAAACAUACAUCGUGGAUUUCACUCCAAGCUACCAAUAAAUAAAUCAUGACAAUGUUUAUUCAAGUAAUAUCAACAUAUCUAUCUAUAGAAGAGCAUAUUUAUCAAAAAAGAGAUUGAACAGUUUGAUUCAAUUGUAACAAUGAAUGAUUACAAGUAAGUAUAUGAAUAAUAUAAUGAUAACUAAUACCCAUUGAACAAGAGAUGACUAUCAUAGCUAAUUGAUCUAGUGAAUGAUACUCUAAUGUUUUGAGUAAUGAUUGACUAAUGUUUCAGUCUUAACGGAAACACCACCAUUCAUUAGAGUCUAAAUAUAUCCAGCUGAUGAGUUGUAGAUUGAACGAAACACACAUCUUGUAAUCCACUAGUAACCAGUAUCAAGUAAUUGAAAUAAUUGUAAAUCAAUAAUAAAAGGAAUAGAUUAUUAUAAGUUUUAUCUCUUUUUCUCUGUUGUUUUUCUUGUUAUUACAUUUUAAUAGACUUUUUUUCGGAAGUGACAGCUACUUACUGCUUACUUGUAAAAAGAGAGUAAUUCUUACCAUAGAUAGAUACAAGUAAAUCAAAUGAAGUCACAUGCAAUCUGAAACAUAUACUUAUAGAAGAAAAACAAACGUGUAAAACCCAGUAUAGACUACUGUUGUUUUGUUUUUUUUUCACAUAAAAAGCCUGAAAAACAUAUGUGUAUAAGGGGGGGGGUGUUGGCGCAGACACCUAAACCGAUGAGUUUGAUCAUCCUUUUCAAGUAUUGAACAC